AUGCAAGGGAUUAGGUUACGAUCGACAACUAAUAAAGAAGAUACAUUUCAUGAGCUGAUUAAACCGAUAAAUCAUUUCAAUAAAUCUGCAUCAACUUUAUUAGUUAUCACAACAAAUAAUCAUCUUGAUGUAACAAAACAGUGCAUGAGAAGUCUAUCUGUACUAGAAGAUAAUUUGGAUAUUUUAUUUAUUGAUGAUGCUAGUACAGAUAAGACUGUAGAAUACAUUAAAUCUCAUAAAUAUUCAAUCAUAUCAAAUGAUAGACCUCAUGGUUUAACAUAUUCAUGGAAUUUAGGAUAUCAAUUAUGGAAAAAAAGUGAUUAUACUAAUUUAUUAAUAGCUAAUAAUGAUAUACUUAUUCCGAAGGGUGCUAUAACAGAAUUAAAUAAAUUUUUAAUGAAAUAUCCCUUCGUUACAUGUAUGAGUAGAUUAAAAGGAGUUGGUCAUUGUCCUGAACAAUCUAUUGAAUAUCGUUUUAAUUUAACAAAAGAUGAAAUAGAUUUUGUUAAUGAUCCAAUUAAUUAUCAAUUAGUUCAAGAUAAUCUUCAAAUUUUAUUUCGUGAUAAUACGCAAGCUAAUGUUCAUUAUCAUGUUCAUAAUCGUUUUAAUGGACUUAUAUUUGGCUUUAGAAAACCAGGUAUUUACAAAGCAGAAUAUUCGAAAGGAAUACUUUUUGAUCCACAAAAUACAGUUGUAGGACAAGAAGAUGAAGUUAUCGUACGACUAAACCAUAAUUCUAUACCAUUAACACUUUGUAGAAGUGCAUUCAUAUAUCACUGGAAAAGUGUAACAAUUGGCCAAUCGUAUUACUUGGCAAGAAAUAAUUAUGACGCACGUGAAGAACUUUCAAGAUAUCAUCAUAAUCUCAACAAUAAUCAUUUACAAAAACCAACGAUUGCAUUUGCUGUUUCUAACCCAAAACGUAAUCCAUUAUCAGGUGAUCUAUUUACAGCUAAAGAAUUUGCAUAUUCGUUAGAAAGAAUGCUGAAUUGGAAUAUAGUUUAUCUUUAUAGAAGAAAAAAUGAAUGGUAUAAUUUAACUGAUGUUGAUAUUCUUAUAGUGAUGUUAGAUACAUAUAAUAUUUCAAAAAUAUAUGAUAAUAAACCAACAUUAAUAACA